AUGGGAGCAAACGACGGCAAGAAGAGCUCUCGUCGCUCGAGAGUCACAGAGGCAGCUGCUCGCAUUCUCAGCCCUUCAGGCGCUGGCAAGGGCGGCGGCGCGAUGCACCAGCUCUAUGAAAUCCCAUUUGACGCUGAGGUUUUUCUCGAGGCCAAGGCUGCUCGGGCCAGGGCUCUAGGCGACGAAAGCGAGAGCGACGAAAUUGUCGCCGAGACCGUGGACUACGGCAACGUCCCCACCGUCCACGCUCAUCUCAAAGGUCUCGACAAGGUUUGCCGAGGCGCUGAGUGGUCAAAGCCUCUCCAACGGUUUUUAACGAGGCUUCAACUCGGUUCCAACAAGGUCAACGUCGUUUAUGACUCCAACCUUCGAAAGAUGGGCAUUGAGCCCCCAGAGGAAACCGAGUCUUGGGUCGACCAGAGCGAGCCAUCAAAGUUCGCUGGACACGUCUACCGAUUUGUUGGUCGUCAGUGCCGAUCCGCAUCAACAGACCGACAUCUUUACAUCCUCUACCACCCCGACGCAGAGUGGCAUGCGGACUUUUACGAGCUUCUGCAGGAUAAGCCUCUUCCUAGCAACUUCCUCGGAUUUUCCGACAACCUCGAUGCCCUUGUCGCUUACAUCCGUUUCAUCCGAAAGCGACUCGGCCGACGCGCCAGCUCGGCUAUGUUCCAUGUUCUCAUCCCCAGCUCUCGCCCCAUCGCCAUCCGAAACGCGCUUGAGUUCCCCGAUCUGGGCGAUCUUGCCAUCCAUGGCGAGACUCACAACGGCAGUAACUACGUCUGGAUGAACCUGCCCAGUUAUGACGAGUACCCAUCGACUCUUCAUUUGAGGCACGUCGAAAACGCCAUUCGCGAGGACAGCCCAUGGAAGACGUCAGCUACAGUCAGCACAUCCUUUGUUGGCUUGACAGCAUCACUAGCCGGCGCAGCAUAUACCCUCCGAGUCAAGGGUGCGCCUUUCCCAUCUCUCAAGACCUUUGGCGCAGCUGCAGUCGCAACAACCAUCGCUAGAAGAGUCAAGGGCGCCGAUUACUACCCUCUAGCAGUCCUCGGAGCUGGUAGUCUUUGCACUACCCUAGCAGCCUUUGCUAUCAACAGAGUUCUCAGCAAAAGAGCACCACGCGUCAUUGGCGGCACGGAUACACCAAGGGAGCCCCGAGAGGAGAAGGAAAAGGAGAAGGAGGACUCAGCGGGCAGCGAUCAAGAGGAUGCCAAGGACGAAGAGGAGGUUAUCCCCGAGCCCGAAAUCCCUGCACCAGCAGAGGAACCUGCUCCCAAGAUUAAAGACGACUCGGAUGCUCAAUCUUUCCUGAGCCAGACAUCCAACACAAAGAAGUCAUCAAGCAGCAAGAAGCACCGCCGAAGCGAGAGGAGUGAGCGCGAGAAGGGCGAACGCAGUGAGCGUAAGCGCAGUCACAAGUAG